AGAGACUCUAUAUAAGAGGCUCACGCCCCAGAGUGGAACCAGUGACCACAGAAUCCCGGCCAGCAUCUCCUCCUGAACAUACUUGACCACGUUGGCCUCUCUCUGUCCGUCGGUGUCUCUCCCUCCUGCUCUCUCUCUCUCUCUCUGUCCGCUGGUGUCUCUCUCUCUCUCUCUCUCUCUCUCUCUCUCUCUCUCUCUCUCUCUCUCUCUCUCUCUCUCUCUCUCUCUCUCUCUCGUCCUCAGCCAUGCUGGCCAGAGCGCUUCUCCGAACCUCGCUGGUCCUCUGGAUGACUGGACUCAGCCUGCAGAAAGGAGUCCGACCCCAGGUGUCCGCCCUCGGACGGCUGGGGAUUCCGGUCAAAGACGCCAGCCUGGCCAUGGGAGGAGCCAAGCCUGCAAGUUACAGCGCUCUAGGAGCCCUGGGGGGCCGGGGCUACGGGGCCAAGAUGGGGAGGCAGGUGGCAGGACGUUACCCUGUGGCUCACCUUGGCGGAGGCUACAGGAACCCAGGGGCCGGCAAAGCGGCCGUCAAGCAAGGCGCGGGGUACGGGGCCUACGGAACCUACGGCGUGGGUCUGGGCGCCGGGAUGGGGAUGCCCAUGGGAGCGGGCAUGGGUAACGGGAUGGGGCUGGGCCUGCCCCACGCAGGGAAGCGCGGAGUCUACGGCAACGGCAACGGCUACGGCACUCAACCAGGAUACGGGGCCGGGGCCGGGGUUGGGGUGGGCUACGCUGGAGUCCGUCCCGGUAUGGGAGCGCAGUACUUCCCCGGACAGUCCGCCAAGGGGCCAAAACCUGGGUACGGGGCAGGAAUCUACCCUGGAGCCGGGCUGGGGGCCGCGGGCUACGGAGCAGGCCUGGGAAACGGAGGCUACCCCAUGGCCGCCGGGGCGGGGAAACUCGGAGGUGCUGCGAAUCUGGGACAUGGUGGAUACCCACAGGGAGGGCUUGGCAAGCCCACCGAGUUCGGAGACGGGACCGGAGCCUAUGGCGCCGGGGGACUUGGAGCAGGCAACGGCUACGGCUACGGCAAUGGUUACAACAUGGGGAGCAACGGCUAUGGACCCGGCUAUGGGGCAGGAGGUUAUGCUGGACAGGGUCAGGGAUCAUUUGGGGGCGCUGGUUCGGUCCCUGUCGGUGCCGGAGCGUACGGCGAUGCUCAGGCCAUGGGUCUGGGGAGCGACUCUGGCAUGGGGGGAGGAGUUGGCCACCUCUCCAACGGCGCUUCUCCGGUGAUUCCUGCUGGACUAGAGGGUGAUGGAGGCUACCCCUACGGCGCCCUUGGGGCAGAAGCUGCUGCUGCUGCGGCCAAAUCUGCCAGCAAGUUUGGCGUGGGGGCAGGCUACGGUGCUCAGCAAGCAGGUUUCGCUGCCCAGGCUGGCGCUGGUCAGGACUCCUAUGGAGUGCCACAUGGCAAAUAUGGUGGAGUAAAUGGCUUCCUGGGAAAUGGAUACAAAGGCUAACUGAAAUGACGCAGACAACUCCUUCAUUGAAAUGUGUGUUGUUAUUCUUGUUGUUUUUUUACGGUUUGUCAAUUCAUGUUACAUGUGGUUCUUGUGUGUUCUUGUCUUGUCUGGUUUUGUUCGAGGUCCUCGACUUUGAGUGUCUUGUGUGUGUCUCUGUUCCCUCAUGUCGCCCCUGCUGUGUCUCCCACAUGCGUCUGUCGCCUUCCCCUAAGUGUCCACACAUGGCAUGAUAUUCAAGUGUAUGCUUACACACGACAUGUUGACUAUAGAACGUCAACAAAGAUGGAAAUCAAGUGUCCGACGCACGACGAACACUUGUUUGACCCGAUGAUCGACGAUGAAUAAAGUGUACACCAAGUCGACGUGCGUCCUUCUUUCUACUCAAGGGUUUUAAAAGUAUCUAGCGCUGACAGGAAGUCCCAACCACUUCCUUCGUUCAUCAAGACCGCCACAGUUUCCACCAGCUCAAUACAAAAUAAAAUUUGAAACAAGAAUGCUUAGCCACACGCUUUAUUCACUCAGAAUAUUACACUCUGAAUUGGUAGUACAAGCCCAAAGGCACGCUGGUUUGAGAUGCAGUAGCCGAAGAGUAAACCAUGCUAUUACAAACAAAAGUGUAAUAUUGUUGACGGUGUGGUUUGAGCAGGUGCUGCAGUAGCAGG